UUCUUUGCAUCAAUAUAGUAGCAAUGCAGCUUCUUUAUGUAAUAAGAAUGGAUUCUGUUCCUUCUACUUCCUUAGCCAUGUUUCUCAUUCUCUCUACUUCCUUGUUCCUUUCUCACCUCAUUCAAGCUGCACUCGUCCUACCUCCUAACGUAACCAUACCGGCCGUCUAUGUUUUUGGAGACUCGGUUGUUGAUACAGGCAACAAUAACAAUCUUGUGUCGGUGAUGAAAUGCAAUUCCCCGCCAUAUGGAAGGGAUUUCAUGGGAGGAAAAGCAACAGGAAGGUGUAGCAAUGGACGGGUCCCUUCAGACAUGUUUGCUAGCAUUUUGGGAAUCAAGGAGCUACUACCGCCCUAUCUCGACCCCAACUUACAGGAUCAAGACCUCCUCACCGGAGUAAACUUCGCUUCAGGCGCUUCAGGAUAUGAUCCUCUCACAUCUAAAUUAGCGUCAGUUUACUCGAUAACGGAUCAACUGGGGAUGUUCAAGGAAUACAUAGAAAAGCUGAAAGCAGCUGCAGCGGGAGAGGAGAGAGCUAAAAGCAUUACAACUCAGAGCUUAUACAUUGUGUGCUUAGGGAGUGACGACAUUUCUAAUACCUAUUUUAAUUCGCCAUUCAGAAGGAUGGACUACGACGUCCCUGCCUACACCGAUUUGAUGCUUCAAUCAGCUUCUAGCUUUCUCCAGGAGCUCUACGGGUUGGGAGCAAAGAGGAUAGGUGUGUUAAGUGCAGCACCAAUAGGAUGUGCUCCGUAUCAGCGAACCGUAGCCGGAGGUCCCAACCGAGAUUGCGCUGCACCAUAUAAUCAGGCAGCACAGCUCUUUAACCAGAAGCUGUCGUCGGAGAUAGAUUCGCUCAAUCAGAAACUCCCACAAGCAAGGAUUGUCUACGUUGAUAUCUACUAUCCUCUUCUUGAUCUCAUCCAACACCCUCGUAGUUACGGGUUUGAAGAGUCGAGCAAAGGAUGUUGUGGCACCGGGAAUUUGGAGGUGACAACGGCGUUGUGCAACGAAUUGACUCCCUUCACCUGUACAGACGUCUCCAAGUAUGUGUUUUGGGACAGUUUUCAUCCCACCCAAAAAGCUUACGAGAUCCUCUUGAAUCCCCUCUUGCAAAAAUAUGUCCACCGCUUCUUUUAAGCUUCACCAAAAACAACAACUUUUUGGGGUUUUUGUUAAAUCUUGUCAACCACAGAUGUGUUUGAUGAAUCAAUCCAAUUCCACAAUUUAAUAUAGUGCCCACUUCUUCUUCUUC